AUGGCAAGCCCGCUACCUCCGCUAGUCCUCAGCCUCGGGCUCUUUGUGGCCGUAUUUGCGUUGGCACUCACGACGCGGACAACCUCCCUGCAGGCCCGCCUGGGAGCAUGUGGCCUCCUCGUCGCGCUGGCCUGGACCUCGUUGACAGAGGUGAGCAAAUUGAACGACAAUCACGACCUGCUCUACGGACUAGCGACUACUCUCCUCAUGGUACUCUUCCACGCUUGCGACUAUCUCGUGGUCCUGCGAGCUUCGUCCAGGGAUCAUGUCGCCCGCCAACAAGGCACACAGCCGACUUUCCUGAGGCAGUAUGUCCUGACCCCCGUGUCGAUGCUCUGCAACUGGCGACGUAUAGGAACGCAAUGGCAAAUCGACAGGAUUCCCCCCUUUUCCCCGCGUAGUCCUGCCAAGACGCCUCCACGCGCCUAUCUGAUCGCUCAACGUGUGGCAUGCAUGUGCCUCUGCUGGGCGGCCAUUGAUCUCUGCGAGGUGACUGUGCUACAGUACUCGGAGAUGAUGACGCCUGGCGUGGUCCUCGCGCGUGUCGACCGUCUCACGAUGCCCGAGCUGCUAUUUCGAGCAGAGUUUGUCGUCAGGUACUUUAUCUGUGCCGUCACGGGCGUCUACAUGGGAUACGCGGGCGUCACGCUCGUCGGUCUCGUUCUGGGGCUGAAUUCACCACAAGACUGUCCACCCAUGUUCGGGUCGCUCCGGGAUGCUUCCACCGUGCGCGGGUAUUGGGGUGACUUUUACCAUCAAGGACUGCGAAGGGCCAUCACCGGCCCCGCGGACGCAUUUGUGGACCAAAUUCUGCGCAUCCGGCGUGGCACAUUGCUCUCACGCUAUGUGAGACUGACCUUGGCGUUUGCGCUGUCGGGGGUGAUCCAUUGGGGCGCAGAGGUCUGCUCGGGUGUGGCCAAGCCAGACCGCAGCCAGUUCUUGUUCUUCACCAGCCAGGCAUUUGCCGUCAUGUCGGAGGAUGUGGUCCAGAGUCUCUACAAGCGCUCCGGACGCCCGCUGCCGGCCCUCGUGGAGAGACUCGUGGGCGGAGUUGUCUAUGGCGAUCCGUUGCCUUCGAAACUCAAGCCCGCCAUCGUUCGAUGCCUUGAAAGGCUGCCAUGA